AUGUUUACAGAAUAAGCAUACGAUGCUUCUUUAAAAAUAAACUAAUUAUAAAUUGAUUUUAAACAAGAAAAAAAAGUGAAAUAAAAUAGGAAAUCAACUGGCCUUAUUGAUGCAGUCAUAAAUUCAAUUUUCAAAUAGUAAAAUCAAUGUAUUGUUGUAAGUUUUAUGUUAGAAAACAAAAAAAAUUAUGAAAGCUUUGAUAGCUUGCAUGAAAAAUAAAUGA